UCCGCUAUAGCUGGGUGGGUGGCAUGUCUCGGGCGGGUGGGGAGACGCGUGAGGGCACGCGGGGAGAGAGCAGUGCUGCUGCCGGCCCGUUCAGCUUCAGCUCGGAGCCCACGCUUGAGGACAUCCGCCGCCUCCAUGCUGAGUUUGCUGCUGAACGAGACUGGGACCAGUUCCACCAGCCUCGGAACCUCCUCUUGGCCUUGGUGGGGGAAGUAGGGGAGCUGGCAGAACUCUUUCAGUGGAAGGCUGAUGAGGAGCCUGGCCCCCAAGCCUGGCCUCCCAGGGAACGAGCAGCCCUUCAAGAGGAGCUUAGUGACGUCCUCAUCUACCUAGUGGCAUUAGCAGCCCGCUGCCGUGUGGAUCUGCCCCAAGCAGUGCUCUCCAAAAUGGACACCAACCGACGACGCUACCCAGCCCAUCUGUCCCGCGGCUCCUCCCUUAAGUACACAGAAUUGCCUAACGGGGCCAUCUCUGAAGACCAGCCUUUGGGGCCUGCAGACCUUGCCCGUGAGUCCACAGGCCAGGCCUCAAACUAGAAACAUGGGUGCACAGAACCUGCAACUCAGCAUGGCAUCUGAAGAACAGAGGGUGGCCCGGCCAUGAAACCUUGUUCUAAUCCUUUCCUAAUAGAUCAUGGGCCCUCCGGCCCCACUUCUUGAGGUCUGAGGCCCAGGAGCCUCCAAAAGAUAGCCUCCUGGUGUUUUCUCUCCAAGUAAAACAGUUUGGGGCAAUAACUUCUACAUUCUUCCUGGGUAGCCAGGGAGGCUCUCUCAGCCUCCUGGAAGGGGUACCGAGGUACCUCAGGCUUCAAUACCCAUGUAUCUUUAUUGUACCUCCUUCCUGCAGGGCAGGGUCCUCUGGUUUCUAGCAGAUUCCCAGUAGGAUCUCAUGUACGAGACGUCUCCUCCUCCUUCUGGGCCUGUACAGGAGAUUGGAGGCUAUAUGUCGUAUUGGUUAAGAGUCCAGAUUCUGGAGCCAGGCUGGGUUUAAAUGCUGUCUUUGACAUUUAUGAGCUGGAUUAAAUUAAAUUACUUCAUCUUUCUGCA